ACGAGUCCAGAGCAGGAGAAGGAAAACCUCGCCCCUGGCAGACGAGCAGCCCGGUCAAUCAAAGCUGCGGAGAGUUUGGGGUGCCAUGAGUGGCGGGGGCAGCGUGUGGGCUCUGGCCAUCGGCUGGGCGCUGGCCGUGCUGUGCGGAGGCACCGGGCGCCUGGACAGCCGUUGCCUGGCUGGAGGGAAGCACAAGGUGGCCCCUAGCCCCGAGGGGCAGCUGGGCGUUUGCCAGCUCUACGCCGCCAACGCCUGCUGCUCCCCCAGGGUGGCCCAGGAGAUCUCCAGCACCCCACUCGCCAAGGUCAACGACAUCUACUGGGAUCGCUGCGGGAACCUCAGCCCCAGGUGCGAGCACUACCUGCAGCGGGUUGAAUGCUUCUACCGCUGCUCCCCCAGUGCCGCCCGCUGGCCCCACCCCCAGCGCCCCACAGCCGUCCUGGAGGUGCCACUCUGCCUGACCUUCUGUGAGGCGUGGUAUGAAGCCUGCAAGGAUGACCUGACUUGUGCCCACAACUGGGUGAGUGACUGGCAGUGGGGUCCCCAGGGGAACAAUUGCAGCCAUGACUGUGUGCCCUACAGCCAGAUGUACCGGGACGGCAGGGAGCUCUGCGAGAACAUCUGGGGUGACUCCUUUGUGGCCGCCCGGGAGCCCUGCCCGUGCCUGAGCCUGACAGGCUCCGACGCCGACCCGCUGCCCGAGGACGGGGCCAGCUCGGAGGAGCCGGACUCCACCAAAGCCGGCAGCCCCCGGGGGCCCUGCCCGGCCAGCGGCCUCCUCCGGCGCGACCUGCGCAAGCGCUCCGUCUUCAUGGAGGACGUGGAGGGGAGCGGGAGCGGGUUCUAAACCCGCCGGCCCCUCCUGCCAGCUCCCCCCAUCCCUAGGAGAGUCCCUCCCACACCGCUCGCCCCAGGGGCCGGGGAACGCUUGUAAUCUAUGCAAACCCCCCACCCCUGUGAUCGUGUCCCCCCCACGCACACCGUGACUGCUUCUCUGGCCCCUCCUGCACCCCAUCCAGCCACCUACCGGGGGGAGAACCCACACAGCUCUCCUCCCCCCACAGCCAUAGGGCCCAGCUCAAAGGGGUGUUAGCUUCCCCCUCCCCUAGCACCCAGUUUCCCAGGGAGGGAGUCCCUGCUCAGAACCAGCUCCCCCCCCCCAAUCACAUAGGCCUGCAGGGAUGUAUCAUCCUCUUGCUAUACUGCAGAGGAGGAAACUGAGGCACAGAGAGGCAACGCCUGAGAGAAACUUAGUGUGGUAGCUUGGCUCUAAAUCCUCCCCUGUUCUAACCACUAGUUUACCUGACUAGCCGGGGAUGGAACCCAGGAGUCCUGCCUCC